CCGUUAUGUACCCCCAUUAUGCAGUUUGCCAGUUCUUCGAUCAUGUGGCGGGUGGCAGUGUUGACCCGCUUUGAGACGCUGCAGAACUUCCUAUCGGCUGACGAGCGCGACUGGGUCAAGUCAGCGCUAUUCGACGGGCGUCAAGCACCUCAAGUCAAUGCUGAGACCUGUGAGCGUAAGGCAGAGGAAGACGCAACAGCAGCCACCACCAGCGAGGCCGAGUCGGCGCAUCUUGAGCGAUGGAAGAAGUGGAAACUCGAGGGCGACAAGAUCGACCAACUCACGUCAACGACCGGCACCGAAGCGGAUGCAGCGCUGAAAGAACUGGAGACGAGUGUGGCCAGCUUGCGCUUCUUCGCUCGAGGCAAGCGGGGCGUCUUGUACGCGGGUGAAAUGCGCACAACAAUGGAGCCAGUGGUGGCCAAACUGGCAGCCGACGCGACGUCUGCUGGGUCGGUGACGCUGGAAGCGCGUUGGCUUCGAGUGGUGAAUCGCAUGGGAAUUGGCGCGAAGCUCAUGGACGCAGGGAAGGGCUGGUUCCUGUGUGAACGACUCGAGGGCAAGAAUGUGGUCGAGUUUCUAGUAGAAGGAGAUGAGGUCACGACGCCAGCCAACGCCUUGUGGGUCGUCCGGGAGAUGCUGUGCCAGGUAUGCGUUUAUUGUGAUAGAUUGGAUGAUAUUGUGGUCACUAUUGUCGAUUCUUUCAGUGCUUUGCUAUGGACCUCAUGGGGGUCAACAAGGAAGAAAUGACUCAUCCGCAUCGCCACAUUAUCGUGCACCGCUCCACGCAGCAGCCAGAGCGAUGGCGGUGCACGUUUGUUGACUUUGAAAAGUGCUCGUCCACCAAGAAACCCAAGAACGUCACGCAACUCUGUCAGUUCCUCAGCUCGCCACGGAUGGUUGCGCUACUGGCAAGUAAACGCGUCAAGCUGGACGUGCCGAAGCUGCGGCAAUGCACCAAGUGCUACAAGCAGAACAUCUCCACAAAGACGUUUGGAGAUAUCAUGCAAGUCUUCGGGCUGUAGCUAGCAGCAUUCGACAACGUGCUAACUAACUAUACAACGCAAUUUUUGCAUCACUCCCUUGACUCAGCUAUCUGACUCGAGAACAUGUAAUGCCAUGAUGUAUUGAUGGGAUUGAUGGAUGGCUGUGCCCUGAAAGAGCUGAUACGACCCGCUUCUCUGACUGAAAGCUAGAGAAUCGUGCUCCUUGCCGGAGUCUUAAUAAAGCUCACUUUUGAACUUACCUUCAACAACACAAACACAUCGCAAACACGCU